AUGGGUUUCCUCGCCGAGAAUCGCAUCCUCAAGCAUUUCAAUCGUCAGUUAUCAUUAUCGUUCUUGGUCAUCGCUAUAUCCACUCUCAACUAUGGCUUCGACAACGCCGGAUACUCCACCACUCAGGCCAUGGAACCGUUCCAGAAGCAGUUUGGAAACUACGACGAGGCUACCGGCAAAUACCGUAUCCCUCCUCAAUGGCUAUCCUUGUUCAACAGUCUCAACUACAUUGGCUUCGGAGCUGGAGUAAUCAUCGGCAGCCUAGUGUCCGCUCGCUGGGGAAGGAGAUGGUGCAUGUUCAGCAUGAGUGCCUGGGCUUUGAUCCCUGCCGCCCUGGCGGUAUCAUCUACAACGCGAGAGCAGAUCCUGGCCGCUCGUAUUUUGAAUUACAUCUACAUCGGAAUGGAGCUUGCUGUCGUCCCAGUCUAUCAAUCUGAAAUCAUGCCUACUGAGAUUCGUGGUUUCGCAGUCGGUUCUUAUCAAUUUAGCUUGAUGCUUGGCUCGCUACUCGUCAACGGAGUUUGCCGCGGCACGAGCACACUCCCAGGGAACGAGGCCUGGCGCAUCCCCUUUGGACUCUUCUUUGUUGUCCCAGUCAUCGUCAUGGGCUUGAUCUUUUUCAUCCCCGAGUCCCCACGCUGGCUCUUGACCAGAGACCGCAAAGACGAAGCCCGCGUAGCCCUUGGGAAGCUCCGAGGUGGAAUCUUCACCGAUGCGGAGAUUGACAAGCAAUUCGACGCCCUAAGCUACGCCCUGCAAAUCGAGCCGGAGCAGGGAAACUACAGAGAGCUUUUCCAGAACAAGAACAUCAAGCGAACGGCCAUUGUCGUGGCCAUGAAUUUUUUCCAGCAGGCGACGGGACAGUCCUUUGCUUCUUCUUAUGGUGCCAUCUUCAUCCGUGACAUUGGCACCGUCAAUCCAUUCACCAUGACACUGAUUAAUUCAAUUGUCAAUCUUGUCACUGCAUUCGUCGGUCUCUAUUUGGUAGAUCGCCACGGUCGACGUCCUCUUCUGUUCAUUGGGUCUGCAUGGAUGUUCUGUGCCAUCGCGACAAUGGGUAGUCUCGGUACCGUCCCUUCACCAUCAUUUGUAGUCAAGACUGCCAUUGUAUCCAUGCUCACAGUCUUCGCCGCCGGUUUCGUGUUCUCCUGGGCUCCAUUAAACUAUGUCAUCACAACCGAGGUCCCCGCCCUGCGCCUCCGAGAUGCGUCUCAACGUACUGCCUCUAUUGUCAAUGUCGUCACGCAGUUCCUUGUCAACUUCAGUAUCCCGUACCUCAUCUACCCGGAAUAUGCAGGUCUCGGUUCCAAGGUGGGGUUCAUCUUUGCCGGUAUCCUCGUCCUCACCGUCGUCUUUACAUACUUUGCCGUGCCAGAGUGCAAGGGUAAAUCCCUGGAACAGAUUGACCGCUUGUUUAACGAGGGUGCUAGCCUGAGGAAGUUUGGAAAGUACAAGUCAGAGGAGGUUACCUCGAGCGAAGACGUGGGCCUGGGUGCUGGUAACGCUGAUUCCAAGGGAAAGGUUGAGCUCAGAGAAAACUCUGUCUAA